AUGAUGCGCUUCCUGCUGCUGUUCAGCCGCCAGGGCAAGCUCCGUCUGCAGAAGUGGUUCACUCCCGUCACGGAGCGAGAGAAGAAGAAAGUGAUCCGAGACAUGAUGCUGAUGGUUCUGACCCGACCCCCCAAGAUGUGCAACUUCCUGCAGUGGAGGGACCUGAAGAUCGUGUACAAGAGGUAUGCCAGUCUGUUCUUCUGCGCUGGUCUGGAGGACCAGGACAACGAGCUGCUGAUGCUGGAGAUCCUGCACAGAUACGUGGAGCUUCUGGAUAAAUACUUUGGAAAUGUCUGUGAGCUGGACAUCAUAUUCAACUUUGAGAAGGCCUACUUCAUCCUGGAUGAGUUCCUGAUGGGCGGCGAGGUGCUGGAGACGUCCAGGGCAGCGGUGGGCGGGUGUCUGGAGGAGGCCGACACGUUACAGGAGACUAUGGAGGAAUACAUGAGCCGCCCUGCCUACUGA